GCGCUCCUCCUCCUCUCGAUGCAUAAGCGAAUGCGGGCAGCUAGAUUCCCGACUGUGUGCGGUUGCCUGUGGAUAUCCCGAAUGCCAGUGUAGGAGAGUCUGAGAGCGAGGUGACAGAGAGAGAGGUGUAAAAGACAGAGUCACGAUCACUGUGUGCAGCCUAUGCGUCUAGCUUGAAGCCCUGGAAAAUGGACAGACUCGGAAUAAACGGACAACAGAGCGGCUUCUUCUCAUGUUCCCAAUGUUGCAGAGUUUGAGAAUGAGCGCAUUCUUGAACAUAUUUGGAAUACAGUGUACCAGAUGAUGGAGACGCAUCGUGGAAUUACCCAUCCUGACUCCAGUUCGUGAACAAAACUGGCCCCUUUUCCGUAGAGCGCCUCUGUAUUAUUUAUUUUUAUUACAUUGUAUAUGUUUCUUAAUUUCGUUUCCAUUUACUUUAAGUUCAUGUUUUUAUUUGUCUGCCUCUAAUUUAAAUUCUUAUUCUCAUGCGUUUGUCGGAGGAAAGCAGGGGCGCUUCAGCGGUUGCGAGAUCGUAGGUCGCGCUGCGCCGGUAAAUCAUAUUCUCUUAAACUGAGACACGCCAGGGAUGGAAAACUUCAUGUGGAUCUACGGAACAGAUCGGGGAAUAUCUAAUAACUACUGCUAACAGUGAUCAGGACAAAUGACAUAGGAUGAACACUGCUGGUCAGCUCUGUCUGUCUGUGCUGUCAUCCCUUCUCGCUCUGGUUUGGGGUGUGGAGCUGCUGGGCCAGAGCCACCCCUGCUCCUCGCUGGUGGCGGGGGUGCUGUACGGCUCCUUCUCGCUGCGGGACGUCUUCCCCACUCUGGCCUCGGGCUGCUCCUGGACCCUGGAGAACCCCGACCCUACCAAGUACUCCCUCUAUUUCCGCUUCAACCGCCACGCAGCGGCCUGCCAGGCCUUCUCCCCCAUGGUCCAGCCCCUGGACCACUACCUCGCCAACCGCACGUGCACCCCCUCCGAGCCGCGCGACCCGGAGUCUGUGGACCUCUGCUCGUCGAACGGGCCCUACACCUUCCUGCAGUUCGACAAGAACUUUGUGCAGCUGUGCCUGACCUCCCAGCCUUCGCAGGGGGUGGAGCCCGUCACCGUGGAGACGCUGGAGUUCCAGCUGGUGGAGGCGCUGCUCAUCAAUAACGAGAACUCCAGCCAGUUCACCUGCGGGGUGCUGUGCCGCUGGUUCGAGGAGUGCCUGCGUUUCAGCCGCGGCGGCGAGCACUGCGGCAUCACGCAGACGGGCUGCAUCUGCCCCGACGCCGCCCCAGCCAUCACGCUGUUCCCUGCCACACCCCACAACGACUCGUCACCCUACUCGAUUUCCAACGUCAUCCUGUCCCCGAGCGAAGACUGCUGCGUCACCGAGCUGCACUCCAAGAACGCCAUCGCCAUAGCGCCCAGGGACGUCCGGCAAGAACCAGAAGAUGAUGAACAGAAGGUGAAAACACAGAGACCAAGGUCUGCAGACCAGCCGGGGGUCUUCCAGGCCCAGACAGGUGACCCGGCGGCAGAGGAGUGGUCGCAGUGGAGCGUGUGCUCCCUGACGUGCGGGCAGGGCUUGCAGGUCCGCACGCGCUCCUGCGUCUCCUCCCCCUACGGCACCCUCUGCAGCGGCCCGCUGAGGGAGACGCGCCUCUGCAACAACACCGCCACCUGCCCAGGUGAGCUGCAGCGCAGAGCAGUGCAUGGGCUGUGGGAAGAGUGGUCUCCGUGGAGCCUGUGUUCGGUCACGUGCGGGAGAGGCUCCCGAAGCCGGACCCGGAGCUGUGUAUCCCCUCAGCAUGGAAGCGAGGCCUGUGGUGGCCCAGAGGUGCAGUCCAAACUCUGCAAUAUUGCAGUCUGCCCUGUGGAAGGGCAGUGGCUGGACUGGUCCCCUUGGUCUCAGUGUUCUGUGACGUGCUCCAGAGGGACACAGCAGCGUCAGAGGCGGUGCAGUGUUUCAGUCCACGGCUGGGCGGAGUGCAAGGGGCCCCAUUUAGAGACGCGCGAGUGUGGAACCCUGGACUGCAGCGGCGAUGGGACGUGGGGACCCUGGAACCAUUGGAGCCUGUGUUCUAAGACCUGUGAUUCGGGGUGGCAGCGCAGGUUCCGAAUGUGCCAGGCCACUGGCGUGCAGGGGUACCCCUGUGAUGGGUCUGGAGAAGAGGUGCGCUCCUGCAAUGACAAGAAGUGUCCAGCACCUCAUGAACUCUGUCGUGAUGAGUAUCUCGUGUCCAUGACCUGGAAAAGAGCCUCGGCAGGAGAAACCGUCUACAACAAGUGUCCAUCAAAUGCAACUGGAUCUGCUAGUCGUCGUUGUUUGCUGGACUCUAAAGGAGUUGCUUACUGGGGUCCUCCGAGCUUCGCCCGAUGCAUCUCACACGAAUUCAGAUAUUUACAUCUAUCACUUCGAGAGCAUCUUGCGAAGGGUCAGAGGACCCUAGCAGGGGAGGGCAUGUCUCAGAUCGUGAGGAGUCUUCACGAGUUAAUGUCCCGGAAAAGCUAUUACAGCGGCGACCUCUUAUUCUCUGUGGAGAUUCUCCGAAAUGUGACGGACACCUUCAAGCGAGCAACCUAUAUUCCAGCUCCCGACGACGUGCAGAAAUUCUUCCAGGUAGUUAGCUUUAUGUUGGACAUGGAAAAUCGUGAAAAGUGGGAAGAUGCUCACCAGGUCUCUCCCGGGUCUAUGUUGCUGAUGCGAGUGGUGGAAGACUUCAUCCAUCUCAUCGGGGAGGCACAGAAGGCCUUCCAGAACUCACUCUUCUUCACCAACAACCUCAUUGUCACUAUCCAGCGUGAGCCAGUUUCGGCGGUUUCCAGCGACAUCAACUUUCCCAUGAAGGGGAGGAGGGGCAUGAAGGACUGGGCUCGGUCCUCUGAGGACAAGCUCUUCAUCCCUAAGGAGGUUUUCACCCUGUCCUCCGAAGAAUCGGAUGACACCACCUACUUCGUGAUUGGAACGAUCCUGUACCGAACCCUGGGGUUCAUUCUGCCUGCACCUGAAAGCCCAUUGGUCAUCAGCUCCAAGAUCCUGACGGUGACGGUGCGGCCCCUACCCAAGCUGUCUGAGCCCAUGGUGGUGGUGGAGCUGUACCCGCUUUUAAAUGGCACGUCAGACCCCCACUGUGUUGUCUGGGAUUACGGAAACCCAGAAGCUGGCACAGAAAACUGGGACACGGAGGGCUGCCAAACACUCCCAUCUCCGGCAGUCCACACCAAAUGUCUCUGCAGCAAGAUAUCCACCUUCGCAGUGUUAGCGCAGCAACCUAAAGACCAGGACAUGGGUCCCUCCAGUAUCCCGUCAGUACCCCUCAUGGUGGGCUGUGGGGUUUCCUGUACAGCUCUGUUCAUCCUGCUGCUCGUCUACGCUGCCUUCUGGAGGUAUAUUCGCUCUGAGAGGUCCAUAAUCCUGGUGAACUUCUGCCUCUCUAUCCUGGCCUCCAAUGUGCUUAUCCUUGUGGGACAGUCACAGACGCUCAGCAAGGCUCUCUGCACUAUGACUGCUGCCUUCCUGCACUUCUUUUUCCUCGCCUCUUUCUGCUGGGUGCUAACAGAGGCAUGGCAGUCUUACCUGGCCGUAAUUGGCAAGAUGAGAUCACGCCUCAUUCGCAAACGUUUCCUGUGCCUCGGCUGGGGCCUCCCAGCUCUCGUCGUUGCAGUGUCGGUGGGGUUCACCAGGGCCAGGGGCUACGGCACACCGAGCUACUGCUGGCUGUCCCUGGAAGGGGGUUUGCUCUACGCCUUUGUCGGCCCUGCGGCUGUUAUUGUACUGGUGAACAUGCUGAUUGGAAUCGUGGUAUUCAAUAAGCUGAUGUCAAGAGACGGGAUCUCUGACAAGUCGAAAAAGCAGAGAGCCGGUCAGGCGCUGGAGCCGCGCAGCAGACUGCUCCUCAAAUGCUCCAAGUGUGGGGUGAUCUCAAGCACGGCUCUGUCCAGUUCCACCGCCAGCAGCGCCAUGGCGUCACUAUGGAGCUCCUGCGUGGUGCUCCCCCUGCUGGCGCUCACCUGGAUGUCAGCCGUGCUGGCCAUCACAGACCGCCGCUCCACGCUGUUCCAGGUGCUCUUCGCCGUCUUCGACUCGGUCCAGGGCUUCGUCAUCAUCACAGUGCACUGCGCCAUGCGGCGGGAAGUCCAAGAUGCAGUGAGAUGUCGGAUGGGUGUCUGCAAAGACGACAGCGAGAACUCGCCCGACUCCUGCAAGAAUGGCCAGGUGCAGAUCAUGAAAUAUCCUCAUGUCAUCUACAGCCAGCAGUGUGCGGCAAUUAGAUACCCACCGGCAGGUCACCCAACCAUGGCGCCAAACAACCACAAGCCAACAGACUUUGAAAAAGACGUGGACCUAGCAUGUCAAACAGAGAGAGGACAUCCAUUCAUCUUUAAGGAGGUGAACACUUGCAACCCAGCCACCAUCACAGGCACCCUGUCCCGAAUCUCGCUGGACGACGAGGACGACCCCAAGCUGGCAUCCCACCAGGAGGGGGUCAACUUCAGCAGCCUGCCGGGCAACAUCCCACCCCCCAACCUGCUGGUGCAAGUGCCUCCACUGGGGGGCCUUAACGAGCUGAGCGAGCAGCCCCUGAAGAAGGAGGUGAACGUGGAGCAGCAACAUCAGAGGGGGGCGCCGGUGUACCUGUGCACGGAGAGCGGGCUGGGUUGGGCGAGGCCGCAGGAUGGGGGCGGCGGCGGCGGCGGGGGGGGCGAGGGGGACUACAUGGUCCUGCCCCGUCGGACCACAAGCCUCAAACCUCCGCCCCUCCAGGACGAGGACAAGCCCCUGAACAUCGGCGUGGAGGACCCGCCCUUCCCCCCUCCGCCCUCGCCCCUCACGCUGCACACGGCCGAGAGCGAGGCCUACCCCGACUUUGCGGCGGUGGACCACAUCGGCAUGAACAUGAACCGCUCCUACGGCACGCUCAAGCAGCUGCCGGCGCAUGGCCAUGGCCACUCCCACUCCCACUCGCUGCAGUUCAAGCAGCGGCCCUCCAUCCGGCAGAUCCUGGCCUCCGGGACGGUGGAGCGGACCCGCACUCUGCCCCGCAACCUGGGCAGCACCAGCACCAGCACCACCUUGUCCGUGGGCUCCCUGGAAAGGAAAAGAGUACGGUACUCUGAGCUGGACUUUGAGAAAGUGAUGCACACUCGCAAAAGGCACUCGGAGCUUUACCACGAGUUGAACCACUCCACCAAGUUCCACACCAUAGACAGGUAUAACAGGGACCCUGCUUUGUCCACCUUCAAGAGGGAAAAGCGAUGGAGCAUUUCGUCUGCCGGAGGUGAAAAGAACUCUUCGAGUGACAAGUCCACCCCAGACGACCAGCACUCCUGGGAUAGCUUCAAGACUAUGACCCCUGACCCCUCAACUGGCCCCAGCGAGCAGAAGGACAAACUGGAACUGCACAACAAGAACUGGGACACCUCCUCCGCCAACACCCCAGACACCUCUGAGGGAGACUUCCAGACUGAAGUCUAAAUCCACACACUCCUGCAUACGCAGACACAAACACACACACACACACACACACACACUGACCAUCAUAACACAUGUACACGUGUAUAAGUACUCAACGCGCUCAUACUGCAUACUGCAGUGAGGACAAAGAAAAGGAAGAGACUGUUCUGUUCUAUUUUCACACAGACACUUUAAAAGGAACAGAGGUGGACUGUGGGGGGAGGGGAUUUUUAGAAAAAAAAAAUCUUUCUGAAAUGUCUUGAUUUUUCUCCAGAACGGAUUCUCUUUCAGCUGUUUGAUGAUAUAAAUGAGUAUUUCUGCACCGUUCUUUUAUAAAAAAAAUAUAUAUAUAUAUUUCUCACUGAUUACUGCACACAAUUAAGCCCUUUAGAUUUAUUUUCUUGUCCCCUUUUCCUUUAUCGCUUGUUGGAUGAUUUGAGCUGUUUCUUCGACAAAUGAAAACGAUGCAGGGGAUGGUUAAAGGUAACUCAUUAAUAAAUGUGUCCACUGCUUUUUCUAUCAUCGAGAAUAUUGAUCCACUCUGAUAUCCUCUUCUGGAAUUUGUGCUUUUUAUUUUUGUUUUAUCUUUUUCUUUUUUUUUCUUAAAAAAAUGAGAAAACACUUUUAACUUGAAACCCAGUUGUUUGUCAUGGUCCAUAUCAUGCUAAAUUCACGUGGACUUUUGACUGGUUUGUAACAGUUAUCAUCUUCUUCAAGGGUCUAACUUUGUCCGUAUAUGGUACAUUUUAAACUAUGGUUUACAAUACAGCAUACACACAGUACAGUAAUUCAGUGAUCAGCCAAGGGCAAUGUGUUAUCCGUAUUGUUAAUCCAAAACGAAGUCUUUGUCCCGGGAUCAAAUUCAACGCAAGAAACAUUCUUAAGGCCUUGUACCAUUGUUAGGUUUAACCCCACAAUCUGUAUGGACAUCCACAGCAGAUUGUGAGCUAGGACUUGCUGCCUAGAUCAGCAUGCCACACAGUUUUUAAAAAUGUGUUUCGAUCGCAUCUAAGAGCAGCCGGCCGCGCCAUCUCCAAGCAAAACAAGUUGGCGCAAAAUAGCCCCGUCUAAGCUCUGGCUGCAGAAAUUUGCCGGGUUUUGAAAUCAGUGUGCGCUGAAUGGCCAGUGCUACAAUCGUUGGCUCUGUGCAAACACCCAGAGUCCUGAGACUAAAAAUAAAUAACAGGUUUGGGGAUUAUGGCCAAUCAAAAAUCCUCUAUCCAUCCAUGUAAUGCCUUCUGUCUCCUUUUGACGGGUCACAGGCAGAAUGCAGCAUCGUGCGGGAAUGGAAUAAAUCAAUAUUCGACCGAUGGGGGAGCUGUGUGCUCUGCUAUCAGUAUUUAUGACCUGCGGAAGAGAUGCAGUCACAGUGCGGCCCAAAGGGAGCACUUGGCAGUUAUGGGAAUUGCAUUACCUUGCAUUAUUAAUUUGCUUAGCGGAUGCCCUUAUCUAGGGUGACUUGCACUGUCUGCAGUUUUAAACCUCACACCCUCCGUAACCUAUUUACGCAUCUCAAUGUUUACCUUUUUGCUUAAGUUGCACAACUGCGGUGUCAUCAUUAGAGUUCGAUCCCACAAACCAGCUGUAUUAGUGCAAUGCUUUCAUAGAAACGCGCACACACACAUGCCGCUUCUUAAUAUCACCACCAUUGUGAAUGGGAUGGGCCAUCACAGAUGUGGAAUUAUUAGAUUGAACAUGAUGUUCUGCCUGAUUUGCAUUUCCAGCUCAAGUGUGAUACAAUGUCCUGAAUUGGGGCACGCAAGUCAAGCGGAUGCACUUCAGACUCCCAUUUCAGUGGGCAGCAUGUGUCAGAUUUAAAAUGCUGUCCUGCUGUUCUGAUUAGGAGUGCACGCUGCUUACAGUGGUGAUUCACCAAUUCAUUUACUGGGCCUUGACCAUCUAGUGCUGUUCGGACGGUCAAUGCCGUACAUGGGUGUUCUAAUGUGUGUCUGUUAUGACACCUGUGGAAUGAUCUGCAGAGAGGUGGAACAGUGCCUCAAAUCCGCCGCAGAGUAGGCUUCGCACACCAUCCUCAAUCUGAGUCAUCUCCUGUGUAAGCAGGGUUUAUGGAGGAAAGGACAAACAGGGGCGAUCAUCUUUAGCUCAUCAGGGUAUAAAGUUCUGAUGGUGAGGUUGGCGGGUGCUCUGUGUAGAGCCAGAGGGGAAGGUAAGUGCAACUCUGGCAACACUACCUUGGACCAGUAGAACUGCUCAUUUUUCAUCUUCUUUUCAUGCUUGUCUUUUGUUCUUAUUUUGCCCUAAACUUGCCCUGUCACAGUGCCUGUUUUUGCCCAAUUAUUGCUUGCUGGUGGUGUGUUUUGAAUUUGCCUCGGUUAUAUUUGUUUUUUUGCCCAGUACCCUAGUGUGUGUCAUGGUUGUGUGUGUUGCUGACUGAAGUUUAGUCGAUGCUGCACGUCUUGAUGGUGCUGUCGCAUAGAGGGGGUGGGGAAAGGGAUGUGCCAAUGUCUCUCCUCAUUGGUCGGCAAGCCUGUCAGGCAGUUUAGUGCCAGCCAGGGACAGGUAUCACAGAUCUACCGUAUGCAAGAGGACUCCUUGGUUGAAGUCACUAACAAGACUUCCCACUGGACCAAGUGACCAAUAAGAACUCUGCUGCAGUUCACCUUUGCAUGGCGUUGUCACCCUAACUUAGAAACUGGGACACAUAAACCAUGGCAACAGAACACAUUUCACACCCUUCAAUCUCAAGCAAAUUGUUAUAAUCUGAUUUCUCAUUGCUACACUGUAGGAAACCUGAGGAUUGCCUUAGUUAUGUUUAACUGAAUACGCAUUUAAAAUGUAACAAUUGGACAAUUGCCAGAGAGAAUACUUAACCAUGUCGUCAUGAUUCUUGUUACAAAGGCAAGUGUUAAAAGUGGAGAUGAUUCCCUGUAUAUUUCUGAAGAAUGCCUAAAGAAAUUUGGUUUGAUGCAAAUGUGACCAAACCCACUGGGCUAUAGAAAACUGUGGAAUAUGAAAUAUAUCUCAUUUUAUGAUGUCCCCAACUUUUUAAACCACAAAACUGUCUUGUUUGAAACUUUGGGUCUGUCCCCCGCCACUAUCCACCUCUUUCCAAUGGGUGUAAAAGACUGCUUGUUCCUUGAAAAAAAAAAAUCCUAUUUUCCCCAUCUCGCGUUUUUAUACACAAGAUUGUACAAAGUAGUGCUCUACUGUUUUCAUAUAGUGUUUUUAUAUGAAAAUACAUUUUCAAACCAAGUCAAA